AUGUAUAACAGAGCUCAGAACUACUUGUCAAGUCGUUUCCACCCCCAGAACCACCUCUCUUAUGGCUGUCAGUCACAGAACUUCAUCUUCUGUGGGUAUCGACCACUGAAUUUUGUGUCCAGGGCCUGCCAUCCUUUGAGAUAUCUCUCCUAUGACUUUCAACCUAUUGGUUAUGUGUUCAGCAGCUUCAGACCCCUGAACUAUGUGUCUAAUAGGUUUCAACCUGUUCACUACAUAUACAACAGUUUCCAUCCAGCUUGCUCCUUUGGGACUUGGCAAUCUCCAUUUAUUAGAAGAUCAUGCUGA